AUGCUCUGGUUCUCCUCGGAGAAAAAGGCCACCGUCGCCCCGGCGGCGACAACCACUCGCCACCUCUCCCGCGCCGAGAGCAGCGUCCUCGCUAUGCCUGGUGCAUACCCCAAGACCAAACGCCGCGCACCAUCUAUCAAGCGCGAGUCCACCUUCGUCGGAUACACUGGCCCCCCUCUUCCCUUCGCUCUCUCUUUCCGGACUGUUGUCGCCAAUGCAGCCAAGUCCCGCGCCAGGGAAAUUAAGCAAGCAAAGUUCACCCGUCUCCUCUUCGAAGAACGCGUGAAGUUCCUCCGCGCGCUCGAGUGGAACGAAUCACGUCCUCCCAACCCGCAACGCGCAGUGGCUGCCGCGUAUCAGGAGGAACAGGCGAAGGCGGCUGCUUCACCCGAGGCCAAGGCCGAGUAUGAACUCCACUGGCAGGAGCUGCUUGAGGACACCAGGCGCAAGAAGGAGGCCCUGGGCUGGACGCACCGUAAGCCUAGGCAGCUCGGCGCGUGGACCGAAUCGUACUUGUCCGAAAAGGAGAUGGUCGAGGACCUCAUCGACGGCGUUCGCCUCAACGACUCCAUCGACGGCGUGCCCCUCGAUAACUCUCUCGACUCCUUCUUCAAAGCCGCGGUCGAUCCCUCGUUUGAUGAUCCCGAGCGUGCUGAACGCUAUGCCGAGCGCGAACGUGAAUGUGCCAAGGCGCUGCGGGAGCAUAACGAGAUGCUCGAGGACCAGGAACGCCAGAAGUACCUCCAGACUCAGCGCGAGGCCGCCGCUUUCGAGCAGCACCCCAUGCUCGAAGAUGAUCGCACGGGGGAGGAGGAGCUGACCAGCAAUAUUUCGCGCCGCAUUCCUGAAGCCGAGGAGAAGCAGCUCGAGCUCGAGGGUGGCCAGUACUGGAAGCGUCGCCUUUCGCAAGCCCUUGAUCGCGUGGUCGCCCGCCGCGCCGCUGAGGAGCCCGUCGCCGCCGAUGCCGCCAACGCCAACGCCGAGGCCUUCGCCCGCGCCGCGGAGAUCGUGAAGAAGAGCUACGACGCGGACGAGGUUGCCGGUGCCCUCUACGACAUGUCCUUGUGCUUGAACAACGAGCCGGAUCCCGUCCUUCGUCAGUACGCCGUGUACGAGUGGAGGUGGGCAAUGCUCGAGGCCAACGCUGUCAUCGAUGUCACUUGGGACGCGGACUCGCUUCCCUGGCCCUUCUUGCAGGACGACAUCCGUCUUCUCGGUAGCAUGGAGGAAGAUGGCUUUGCCGAGCGUUUCGAAGCCGCCAUCGCGAGCUUCGUGCUCAACGACGCCCGCCGUGGUCUCGAGGGUAUGAGCUCGCGUCAGCGCAUCCGCAGGGAACUUCUGCACUGGAACCCGGACAACUUCAUCGCGUCUCACCUGUGCGUCGCGCCGAUGCAUCAACGUGAGAUCAUUGUCAAGGCCGUGCGCCUGGUCGCCUCUACUCUCACUGGUCUUCUGGCCAAGUCUAGCUUGCAGUAG